AUGUCACUUCCAAUUCUCGAUCAUUUCGCUGUUUUGGUUUCAUACCAAACCCUCCAAACAGUCACCGAGAAGCUUAAAGACUCUCUCGUCGUCAUUGAUGGGGGUGCUCACGCCGAUGGUCUUACAGUCAACAAACUCAUACAUCUCGCCGAUGGAAUAUAUCUCGAGUUCAUUGCCUUUGUCGAGGGUGUAGAUCCUGAGAAAAGAAAAGCCCAUCGAUGGGGAAAUCUUGAAGAGGGCAAGAUUGCGGAUUGGGCCCAUACACUGCACAGUGAAGCCGACUACGCCAAGCUGCAGAAACGGGUGGCUGAUGCUGGGAAUGGAGUCACUUACGGUGAUCUUACCUCGCUUCAGAGACAUCGGCCUGAUGGUGUAUUGAUGAAGUGUCUUGUUUCGGUGGCACUCAACCCUGAGGGUGGUCGUAUCUUCCCAGGCACGGUUCCUUUCUGGUGCGUUGACGAGACGGAGCGUCAUCUACGAUCCCCAUUCAAGGCUGAGAACGGCGAUGGUCUGCAUGAGUACACAAAACACCCUUCUCACGCCCAGGGCGUAUCGCGAGUCACGGUUCUUCUGCCUGAAAAGGAUAUCCCAACCUACAAGCCUGUUUACGAUGCUAUUCACAACCAGAAUGCUACCUCCGGAACAGAUGGAUACUCUUGGCCAUAUGAACUCCCCGCUGGGUUAAACCCGGGUAGCAAUCAAGUUGUACUAUCAACACUAAAUGGAGGAAACGGCAAGGCUGAGAUCAAGCUGACGCUUUUGGGCACGAAGGAAAGCCCCAGGUCUAUUGAGAUUCUUCCAGGAUUGGUCCUCGAUUUUGAACAUGCUGCAUAA